AACGUUCGCCGACUUUCCUCCCCAAGCCACCUCCAGCCGUUCAGUGACAGCACAUCCACCCUUCCCAUCCGACUCCGACCGCCUCUGCCUAGACGGCAUCUCAAGCACUCCACUUGAGUUUACACUCCGCGCCGUAUCACGACGUCGAACAUGGCCAAGAACCCUGCCGAGCCGGUGGAACAACCCGAGUACAACGAAGAGGAAGGGGAAGAGAGUGACGACUAUGAGGACAUCGAGGAUGAAGAAGAAGCAUCUGGCGAGGAGGACGAAGGCGAGGAAGGCGUAGAGGCAGAGGGUGCGCAGCCGCGAUCUAAUCUGACGGCUCUGCUUAUUGGUGGCGAGGCGGGCGCGGACGCUGACGAGGAGGAAGAAGAUGAGGAUGACGACUUCGAGGACGCCCCAGAACAGACUCUGCAGAGCGAAGCGUCGUCUGUCGCCGGCACUAAGCGGAGCCGGGAGGAGGAUGAGGAUGUGGACAAGAUCUCAGGCGACUAUGGCGAGUUCCAAGAGGCGGAGGAGGGUGUGGCCAAGCGGGCACGGCACGCUGCAGACAAUGCAGCGGCAGAGGAAGAGGCGGAGGCGGACGAAGACGAAGACGAAGACGAAGAGGAGAUCUGAGUUCACUAUGCACGAAUUACUCCUUGCGCCCUUACUUGAAGGCUCAACCGCAGAUCCGGUAUGUUUAUCGAUCCCUUAUCAACAUUAACGUUGUUGCUCCUUUUCCUGUAGUAGUAUCCAAACUGUCUGUUGUCUGUAAUUCCGAUCUUUGUUGUCC